UAUGUUAGUCGUUUGUCAUAGGGUAGAUAAAAUGCUAAAAAACUCGCUUGUGUUGGUUUAUUGUCGUCGACGGAUGCAUUGUAACCGACAGAAGAUACCUUUCUUCCGACUUCCGACAGCGUGGUGGACUGUGAAACCAGCAGCUUUCGGCCUACUCGUCACGUGACCAACAUGCGGCGGAGCGUUUGAUAAAAGAUGGCGUGAGCUGAGCGCGUUGGUGUGAAGAGGACAACAAACCGUGACAGCACCUCUCAGAGCGAGCUGCUCAAACCACCCCUGUCUGUGAUGGAUCCUGGGCAGGAUUUGCUUCUCGCAGCUCUCAGUGAGAGUGGCAUUUGUCCAAAUGAUAUAGGGGUGUUUGAUGUUGACUCCCAAGAUGUUGGACAGCCGUCUAACGCUCAACAAUCUAUCUCUAUCAAUGCCCUGGAUGUUUGUUUGGGAACACAGCCUUUGGAGGUCUGUCAACCCGAGAACCCAUCACCAGUCCCAGUUGUUUCAAUCAGGAAACCUCAGCCAUCAACAACCACAUUUGUCUUAAAUCAGCUAAAUCAGCUGCCAUCUCUAGGAGCGGUUGUGACAAAACACUCCGUUUCAAAUCCUAUCAAACACACUAUAACUGUGACCAAGGUGGUUCAUGUGGCCAAUUCAGCACUACGAGGUUCAUCUACAUCAUCUGCAAGUGUUUCACCACUGACCACAGUGCCUUCUAAUAGAGAGCAGAUUCAGUUAAAAGACCUCCUUAGAGCAGGGAAUGUGAAAAGCACACACUUGAAAGGGAACAGUUUAAUGGAGCUUAUGAAACUCAAACCUCCACCUGACAUUGCUCCACCUGUGGCAACUGCAACCUCUGCUGGAAAUGAAGUGAACAAUGGAAUCAAGAAAGAAUUAAUGAAUAAAGACACUCCCAGAAUCUGGGUUAAUGAUGAGUCCAGAGUACCAUCUUUUCAACUAAGACCUCCUGGUUUGAAAGAAGAUGAUGAACCAGAGGAGGAAGAUGAAGAAGAGCUGGGUCAUGCAGAGACUUAUGCUGAAUACAUGCCAAUGAAAUUAAAAGUCGGUCUGAGACAUCCAGAUCCUGUGGUAGAAACUAGUUCUCUGUCAAGUGUCAGCCCUCCAGAUGUGUGGUACAGGCUUUCAAUCCCAGAAGAAGUCAUUGAUAGAGGAUGUCUGUCAGCUUUACAACUGGAAGCAAUCACAUAUGCAGCACAGCAACAUGAAACAUUUCUUCCCAAUGGCGAACGAGCUGCUUAUUUGAUUGGGGAUGGAGCAGGUGUAGGUAAAGGUCGGACCAUAGCAGGAAUCAUCUAUGAAAAUUACCUUUUAGGCCGGAAGCGCUCUCUUUGGUUUAGUGUUUCAAAUGACUUAAAAUAUGAUGCUGAAAGAGAUUUAAAAGAUAUUGGUGCUAAGAAUAUUCAGGUCCAUUCGCUAAACAAGUUUAAAUAUGGGAAAAUCUCCUCUAAACACAAUGGAAGUGUUAAGAAAGGUGUAAUCUUUGCAACUUACUCGUCCUUGAUUGGAGAAAGUCAAUCAGGAGGAAAGUACAAGACACGAUUUGACCAGCUUCUUCACUGGUGUGGGGAAGAUUUUGAUGGAGUCAUUGUUUAUGAUGAAUGUCACAAAGCCAAAAAUGUGUGUCCAAUUGGAUCAUCUAAACCCACUAAAACUGGACUGGCUGUGCUUGAGCUGCAAAACAAACUUCCGAAAGCUCGAGUUGUUUAUGCUAGUGCAACAGGUGCUUCAGAACCAAGGAACAUGGCUUAUAUGAAUCGUCUAGGCAUCUGGGGACAUAAAACACCUUUUAAAGAAUUUGGUAACUUCAUCCAAGCUGUGGAACGCAGAGGUGUGGGUGCAAUGGAGAUUGUGGCAAUGGAUAUGAAACUCAGGGGGAUGUACAUUGCACGGCAGCUCAGCUUCACAGGUGUAACAUUUAAAAUAGAGGAGGUUCCACUGAGUCCAAAAUACAUUAAAAUGUAUAACAAGUCUGUCAAACUGUGGGUAAGUGCACGUGAAAAGUUUCAACAAGCAGCUAAUCUGAUGGAUGCAGAGCAACGGAUGAAAAAGUCUAUGUGGGGCCAGUUUUGGUCUGCCCAUCAGAGGUUCUUCAAAUAUUUGUGCAUUGCCUCUAAAGUUCGUAGAGUGGUGCAACUUGCUAGAGAAGAGGUUCAGAAUGGAAAGUGUGUGGUGAUUGGCCUUCAGUCUACUGGAGAAGCAAGAACUCUCGAGGCAUUGGAAGAAGGAGGAGGAGAGCUUAAUGAUUUUGUUUCAACUGCAAAAGGUGUACUUCAGUCUCUCAUUGAAAAGCAUUUUCCAGCACCUGAUAGACAGAAACUUUACAGUCUGCUUGGAAUAGACAUCCCUGGAAAUAAAAUGUCAACAUCGGGCAACAGUGUCACUGUGUCUGAACAAAAAGGCAAGAAAAGAAAAGCUACAGAACCAAAGAAGCCAAAAAAGAAACCUCGUAAACACGGAGGCCUUUCGGGCACUAGCUCAGACGAGAGCCAGUCUGAAGCUUCUGACAAAGAGUCUGAGAAAGAGGCAGACAGUGAUGACAGCUUUAAGUCUGUUAGCUCUGCUGACGACGAUGAUUUUAACCCUUUCAGAGAAGAGUCUGAUGAUGAUGACGAGGAUGAUCCAUGGUUAAUCAGAAAAGAACCCAAAAAAGGGAAGGAGAAGAAGAGGAAAAAGAGGAGGAAAAGUGUUGAUCCAGACUCUAUUCAGAGUGCCUUGUUGGCCUCUGGGCUGGGGUCUACUAGACCUGCUUUCACCUCUGUGAAUACACCCAGUAUUCCUGCACCAGCAAAGCCAGAAAGCCAUGACCACUGCCUGACCAGUCAAGAUUCUGUGGAACUGGCCCAAAAAAUGAAGAAGGAUCUGCUGGAACAGUUGGAGGAGCUAUCAGAAGACUUGCCUCCCAACACUUUGGAUGAGUUAAUUGAUGAACUUGGGGGCCCUGAGAAUGUUGCUGAGAUGACUGGCCGCAAAGGCCGUGUGGUAAGCAACGACGAUGGAAGCAUCACCUAUGAAUCUCGCUCAGAGUUGGACGUUCCUGUAGAAAUCCUCAAUCUGACAGAAAAGCAAAGAUUUAUGGAUGGAGAUAAGAAUAUAGCCAUCAUCUCUGAAGCUGCCAGCUCAGGUAUAUCUCUGCAAGCUGACCGCCGUGUACAAAACCAGCGCCGGAGAGUGCACAUGACACUGGAGCUGCCAUGGAGUGCAGAUCGAGCUAUACAGCAGUUUGGGCGGACUCAUAGAUCAAACCAAGUAACAGCUCCUGAAUACGUUUUCCUUAUAUCAGAACUCGCUGGAGAGCAGAGAUUUGCAUCUAUCGUUGCCAAAAGACUGGAAAGCUUGGGUGCACUUACUCAUGGAGAUAGAAGAGCAACAGAAACCAGAGACCUCAGCAGAUUUAAUUUUGAUAACAAGUAUGGCAGAAAUGCACUGGAGAUUGUGAUGAAGUCAAUUGUGAAGCUUGAUGCUCCAUUGGUGUCUCCCCCUGCAGAGUUUAAAGGGGAUUUCUUUAAAGAAAUUCAGAGUGGUUUAAUUGGCGUGGGUCUAAUAAGUCUAGAGGACAAGUCUGGAGGUUUAUCUCUUGACAAAGACUACAACAACAUUGGGAAGUUCCUGAAUCGGAUUUUAGGCAUGGAAGUUCAGCAGCAAAAUGCAUUGUUCCAAUAUUUCUCAGAUACUCUGGCAGCUGUUAUUCAGGAAGCCAAGAAGAAUGGGAGAUAUGACAUGGGUAUUCUUGACCUUGGCUCCGGUGAUGAGAAAGUUAAGAAGGUUGAAUCCAAGAAGUUCUUAACACCAGGCUACACAACAUCAGGACAUGUUGAACUGUUCACUGUCAGCGUUGAAAGGGGCAUGUCAUGGGAAGAUGCUACCCAUGCAUGGGCAGAACAAAGCGGACCAGAUGAUGGUUUUUAUGUCCAGACAAGAAACAACAAAAAAACUGCAAUAUUGGUCAAAGAAGUAAAUCCUAAAAAGCGUUUGUUUCUGGUCUAUAGACCAAACACUGGAAGACAACUAAAAUUGGAAUCUUAUGUCGAAAUUAAGAAAAAGUUCAAAAAGGUUUUGUCGGAAGAAGCCAAACAGCAUUGGUCAGAUCAAUACAGGUCGUCAGCACAAAUCUGUUCUCAUGCUUAUUGGCGGGGGAACUGUAAGAAGGCAUCAAUGGGUCUCCAGUGUGAGGUGGGUCUCCGGUGUAGGACAUACUACGUACUGUGUGGAUCUGUUCUCAGUGUUUGGAAUGAACUAGAGGAAGUGCUCACCCCAGUCAGUGGAACCAACGUAAAAGUGCAGAUUGUUCGUCUCAGAACAGUAGAUGGCCAGAGAAUAGUUGGACUGUUAAUUCCAGCAAACUGUGUCUCUCCACUCAUCAAUAAGCUCUCUACAUCAGAUCAGAGCCAGCAGAUUGCUGUGCAGGAACAGCAGAAACGACAACAGCUCCACCCUCAAAGUUUUAGUCAUGUACUUAACCUCUAGUAUGGGUUAGUUAAGGUUACUGGGUAGUCUUAAGUUUGCCCCAUUCAGGUGGGACUUUAAGUCUUUUUUUGUCUGCAGGCUUUGGGGCCACUCUUCCUUGAAUAGAACUUCUAGCAGCUGUUUGUGCAACAGUUGAUGGUACAAAAGUGUCCCCCGCCCCAUUUUAAAAAGUUUAUUUCCACUCAGUUUUUCAUGGGUGAUGUAUUAUCCUCUGAUAUUCAGAGUGUAACAUGUGAGUCAUUGUAACAUAAUAACUAAACAAUUUAAACUCAGAAGGCAUGUCUGCUUGUGGCAGUUUAGUUAUCUGCUUUUCAUGGUUGCUUUAUGAAUGUUUUAUUUAAACAUAGUAUAUUGACACAAGGCAGAGUUCAACACAAACAUGUCAAAUUCAGUGUUUUGUGUAUUCCCAUUGAGAAAUGUUUUGCUUUAUAACUGGUCCACUAGUAGUAUAGUUUCACUUCUGACCACUCAGCUUUUUAGACAGUUAUUUUUAGUCAUUUAACGUUUAAUGUAAAAUAGCAAAUGGGUUUGAUGAAAUAAGUUGUACUAACUAGAGAUAAGCCUCAGGCUUUUGGAAAUUGUAUAAUUUGCUUUCAGUACAUUAAAUGCAUCUGUAAAUACAAAUGACACCCUUGAAUAAGAAAUUUAUUGCAAAAGCCAGUCAAAUGUAGCUUUUAAACAUAAACUAAGGGAAUUUGUCUGAUUGAACUGCUAAUUAGAGUAUUUCACAAAAUGUCUUUAGUUUCAUUGACGUCUGGAAAAGAAACUUGCAAAGAGUUUUAUGAUUUAUUUUUCCCCCACACAGAACUACUCAACAUAUCCAUAAAUGUGACAUUAUUAACAAAUUCCAUUAGUUUGAUUAGAAUAAAUUUUCAUCAUAGACAGGUUCUGUAGCAUACCUUAGUUUAUCAGUAUUCAAACUAUGUGUAUGGCAUUUCUAACCACAUUUUAACACAAGCACAAUUAAUGUGCUAGAGCUGCUUUCAGUAUCCCAAAUGGCAUGACAGACGGGCAACUCUCAUAGAUCAAUGACCACUAUGUAGAAGCUUUUUGAGCUUCCUUUUUGUCAUCACGCAGAUUCUCCUGUUCAUUUGUUCCAAAACCGUAUUUGUUGACCUGCACUGAGUGCAACAAUGAAUAAAGCUUGGUAUUCUCAUUAA